AUGGCCGGCCCUUCACCCCAACGGCCCCGCGGGAGGGACAAACUCGACUCUGAGGGCUCCCGCCCAAGAUGGCCGGCCCCUCACCCCAACGGCCCCGUGGGAGGGACAAACUCGACUCUGAGGGCUCCCACCCAAGAUGUCCGGCCCCUCACCCCAACGGCCCCGCGGGAGGGACAAAUUCGAUUCCGAGGGCUCCCGCCCAAGAUGUCCGGCCCUUCACCCCAACGGCCCCGCGGGAGGGACAAACUCGACCCUGAGGGCUCCCGCCCAAGAUGUCCGGCCCCGUGGAGGGGCCAAACUCGAGUGUGCGGGCUCCCGCCCAAGAUGUCCGGCCCCUCCCCCUCGGCCCACCUGGUCUCCGGCCCCUCGGCGCCCGCGGCCUCACGUGCUAACUGUGGUGGCUCCCCGGCUCCCCGCCGCCGGCUUCUCCCGGACGUGGCGGCUCCUCCUCAGGGCCCCGGCUCCUCCCCGACGCCUCAGCCACACCCGGCUCCGCCGGCCCGACCGUCGCCUCGCUCUUCCCGCGCAACGGGCUCCUCCCCGGCCCGGCCCCGCCCUCCGGGCCCCACGCGCCACUUCCGCCCUCCUCCUGACAACGGCCGCCCACCUCUUGCCAACGGCCGCCCUCCCCCCCAAACCCUUAACGGACCUGCCCUCAAGAAGCUUCCAUUAUGUUGUGAUAUAUCUCGAGCCUAA